AUGAAGAUUUGCCCAAGGGUUCAGAUUUUCCCUCGUAGAAAAAAUGGGCAGGAAAAGAAGGCUUCUGCUAUUGUCUUGGUCCAAGAGGAUAUCACAAGAUUGCACCGCAUGAGACAGGCAGACGCUGCCAAGUACCUGGGAAUUUCUCUCUCAGCGCUGAAGAAUGCCUGCAGAAGGCUGGGAGUGCCACACUGGCCAAGUGAAGUGGGAUCAUUGCCCUGUGUUGACUCGGAUCACGAGUCGGCUCAUGUUCGGGCUGGUUCCGAAGUUGUGGCGAACCCGGACCCAAGGGAUAGAAGGAUCAUGGAAGAUGAUGUGAACCUUGCCACGAAACAAGAGACAUUUGCUAUCGCCGCUGAAGCAGAGAAAGUGAAUGUUGAUAUGCUACAUGAUGAAAUGCAUCUGGAUACCGACAUUGGGCUUGGUUCUAGGCGACAGGACGAAAUUCAUGGUGACCUCUCGCAUCUCCCAUCAACGGACGCGAAUGUUGCAGAGCAAAUCUUUGGGUAUCAUGAUUGCAUCCCUGUCUCCCCCUUUUAUGUCGAUUGGUUUCUCAAGUUUUCAGGGGUCUAA